GCACUUCUUCCUGUUGUUUGUUGUCGUUGCCUUUAAGGUGGAUUUCAGUUAACACUCUCAGAAUGUCACCAUAAUGUAAUUUUCUGCAUUUGAGGUAAUCCUACUGGACCAAUAAAUAAGAGUUCGAUUUAGAAAAUUUCUAUCAAUUGUUCUUCUCCUUCAUGAGAUAAAAUUUCAGAUUUCAUUUGAGAAUUGUUCUCGACAUCAAUAUGAAGUCUGCUCAAGAUGCAUAAAAAUGGAUCGUGAUGUGUCAUGCUUCUGAAUCUUAAGAAAAUGUAUCAUAUACAUAAUUAUUCACUUUUGUGAUACUAAUGGAUGAUGCUAGUUAACUUUUGUGAUACUAAUGGAUGAUGCUAGCUUAGCUUACACUGAUGAAAGCUUCUGUCUUUUUUCAGAUGAAAAUAUUGAUGUGAAUAGGGAGCCAGAAACAGUGCCUGCUUUGCCUGCUGAAAAAAAUGCCAUUUCAUCUGGUAACAUGGCAUCUAAAGUUAAGAUAAAAAAUGCAGAGCCAAUCUCCGAUUCUAACAUUUGGAAAUCACUGAAAACUUACGCAAAAAGAAGACUGAGCCCUUCUGUUAAUAAAGCUGUAAAUGAACAAAAUGAAAAAAAUGGCUAUAAAUGUGAAUCUUAUGAUAGAGAAAUUAAUUCUCUAAACCAAAAAACGGAAAAAAGCGAUUCUUCAGAAAAACAGUUUUUAGAACUUCAAAUGCCUGACAAGAAUGAUUCAGGUAAUCAGACAGGAUUAGAAAUCAUUCAGAACAGUAAUGUUUCAAAAAUCAAUAUGGAUGAAUUGAAAAUGGAUUUUGAAAAUUCCAUGUUUGUCAAGACUUUGCCUAUAAAGAAAAGGAGAGCAACAAGCCAGUCAAAUAUGACAGUGCAAGAAACAAAGUCUGAAAUACCGUCAUUUGCUGUCGCAUCUGUAACCGAAUCACCAGGCCCUUUAAAAAUUAUAUCAACGAAUCUCAAUAGUGAUAGUGGUAUUGGUAAUGAAAAAUGGAAAACAGAGUCUGGUAAACCUGUUAAAAAAAGGAGAAGAGUAAGCAAAUCAAGUUCAUCAUUGCAAUUAAAUGCUAAGUCUGAAAUGUCAUUAGCUACAUCUGAAACCAGAUCUCCAAAAAUGAAUGUUAAAUCAUCAAGUGAAGACAGAGUUCUUUCUAAUGAUAUUUCUAGCACAAAUAAAAGAUCCAAGAAACAAUCUCAAACAAAGAUACAAAAACCAAAGAUAAAAAAAUCUUUAAAAAAAAAAGUUGAUUUAGUCAAAAAGAAAUCUAGAAUAUUCCCCAAAAGGCAAUUAAAUGUAUUUAAGUCAAAUAGAAAGGAGAAAUCCUCGCAAAAUCAACUCUCCACAAACAAAACCAAAUCACUAUGUGAAAUUGUUGACCAGAAUUCUUCCGAACUAAAAUCUUCAAAAGAUAAUAUCAAAGAUACUGAAUUGCAGUUAAGUGUUGAUCCAUCAAAGUGUCAGUCUUCAAAGUCUGAUAGUGAUAUGUGUAAAGAAGAGUCUGUGUCAAAUUCAGUUCCGUUUCAGUAUUUAGAAAAGGAUCUUUCACAGGAAGCAAUUAAAAAUGUUCAUUCUUCAACCGAAAAAAUUGUGGAGUCUGAUAAUGUGAAAGAGUCAUUUUCUUCAUCUACUGUGCUUGAAAGUGAAAGACGCAAAAGUCUUCGAGGUUGUUCGAAGAAACUUCGGUAUAGAAAUUUUGAGUAUCCAGAUAUUGUAAAACGAGCAAAAAAAAUUCGGGAAAUGCAAGAUAGUGAAGUUAUAUCUAAAAAUUGUAAACUAAAUGGAAUUAAAUAUCCAAAUACUACACAACAGAAUAAGCAUAUUUCAAAGAGGAAAAAUUUCCCUUUAGUAGAUGAAACACAGAACACUAAAGGCAAGAAAAAAGAAGUAGAAUUAUGUAACAGUGUAUCAUCUGAGACAGCUAGUGGAAAAAAUUCACCUGACAAGAUCAAUUGUACUACUGCUGUUACUAAAACUCGCAUGUUGACUAGAAAAUUAUCUAAAUCUAUGCCAGAUAACAAAACCGAACAUAAUGGAAGUAAAUCAAAUGAAAUGCAGUUUCUUAACAGUAUACAGCGUGAUAUAUUAAAUAUUGAAAAGACUCAGCCAUUUGUUUCUCUGAUUGAUUGUAAUAAAAACCUGUCCUUUAUUCAGCUUAAUAUAGGUAAAAAAAAAUUACCAGUUACUGAGGAAAUAUCUACUCCAAUAAAAGUAAAGGAUGUUUUAAACUCGGGUGUGAGUUGUGAAGAGAAAGAAAUGUGUGAUAAUGAAAACAUCCAUCUGGAUGAAAAAAGUAACAUUAAAAUUGAGAAUCCUGAUAUGCAAACAUUUUUACCUUUUAGUAAUAAGUUAAAAGAUGACAACGAAUUUCGCAUGGUAAAUGCAUUUACAGCAAACAAAUUGAAUAAGUUGUCAAAUGGUAAAUUUGGUGUAGAAGCAACUAUUGAGAAUGACAUUAAUUCCGUUAAAACUAAAAUUUCUCAAAAUGAUGUCCAGUCACCAAAAACGGAAGAUAGAAAACUAUCUGUUAGAAGUAAUUCUAAAACGUUGAGGGAAAAUAUAAAGGUUUCUUCUAAUGAGGAACACCAGCUUGAAAAAGCAAGUAAAGAUGCUGUGAGGCUUGAAGUAACACCAAAUUCAAAAAAUGAUUUCACUGGAAAGUUAGAACUGAGUAGUAGUAAAACCUUUGAAGAAAGUGAAUUGUCACCAUCUAGUGCAGAACAUAGAAAAAGAAGAGGGCAAACUCCAUCCAUUUCUGCAAAAACUGAAGUUUCUGAAGGAAAAGGCAAAUCAUUGUCAAAUUUUUUACAUGUUAAAGAGAAUAAUACAGAGAAAUUUAUAGCUGAUUCAAGUACCUCUGUUCAUAAGCAGCCUUCUUUAAUGGAUAUGGUUAAAAGAUAUUCAUUAAGUUCUAAAACUAAUUCUGUAGAUUCUCCCUGGUCUCCCCAAAACAAUCAUAUUGUUAAUAGAAGGCUGAGUGUUCAAAGGAAGAAUAAAACCUCCUCUUCAUUUCAUAGCAGCCCUUCCAUUGAAAAAACCAAACGAGAGCAAACAUCCUCAGUUGAUAGAUAUGUGAGAAAGUCAAAGGCAAAUGUUAACAAAUUACAAAAAGUAAUUAAAUCAAACUCUAUUAGAACAACAAGAAAUUCAAAAAGUAGUUGUGAAGUUCCAAAUACUCAGCAAACACAAUCCAAAAUCAUUUCUGAGGUGUCGACAGGCAUCUUAAAGAAAAAAGCAGUCAACUGUAUGUCACCAGCUAAAAAUAAUGAUAGUAAACAUGAAUUUACAAAUUUUCAAGAAACAUCUAGUGCUGCAGCUGUUAAAAUUAUUCCAGCAAAAAAGAAAUCUGUGACCACUCAUUCUAAAGAUAGUUUUGCUUCCAUUGAAACAUCAAAGGUGGAAAAUAAGAUAGAUACUGGCAUUGCUAAAAAGGUUCUCUUUGAUAUACCACAAGUUAAACAAACUGUUGAAAAUAGUAAUGCUUCCAUCUUGAAUUCUGCAUCUGUUCCACAAAUUGUGCAAAAUGUUCAAAAUAGUGUACCUGUUUUGAAUUCAAUACCCAUGUCUCAAAUUAUACAAACUGCUCAAAAUAAUAAUGUAUCCAUCAUGAAUUCUGUGCCUGUAUCACAAAUAAUGCAAGCUACUGAAAAUAACUGUACUCCUAUCAACUCUGGUAGUGGAAAUUUCAGUGCUCCAAAAGUUAUGAACAUUUUUGGAAAUUGCAGUGCAGGUAGUAGUAAUUUGUUAGUUCCUACAGCUUUGCCAACCAAUUUUUAUUCUCCUUUAAAUGCUGUUAUUCCAUGUUAUUCUCAAAUUGCACCUUAUAACAGUAAUCCAUAUGUAAUCAUACCACCUGUUUUACAAUUUCAAAAUAAUGCCGAAAGUUAUUUGCUGCCUGCACUUCCGGCUCGUUUUGUUUCUGAUAUUGGCGUACAAGCAUCUAUUUUUAAUUCCAAAUACCCAUCUUCUGUAGAUAACUGUGUUUAUGAAAGCAUCUUAUUAUCAUCUGAAAAUCAAUUUGAUUGUGAACAGACCUUACCAAAUUCAUCAGAUAAUAGCAAAUAUGUAGCAGAAAGCUCAUCAACCAGAUUAGAAAGAUCAGUGGAAGAACAUUCUUCUGCAGAUUGUUUCCAAAGUUCCAGUUUGCUGUUUAGUGACUUUUUGCACUUUGUUAGUAAUGUUGCCAGUGAAAUAAGAAACAAUUCUGUUAUGACAAGUAAAUUUCAUGCUGAAGAAUGGUUUGAAGAAAAUUCUUUUUCUCGUAACAUGACAGUAAGGCAGUUUUGCACAAAUUCAAAGCUUAUGAAAACUUUAUCAGGCCAGUUUUGUCAAAAGGUAGAUGAAUACAAUGAUGUGUCAGUACAAUAUAAAUUCCCUGAUGGAUUUGAAGAUUUUGAGCUUCUUGAAGUACUGAAGGAUUACAUUAAUUUCCAUUUAAGGACAAUACUGGAACAUUUUUCCAUUAACACACUCCCAUUUUCUAGUGAAUCAGUUAUAAGUUAUGUGUAUUCAAGUUUAAGUUUUAUAGAAGGCAUGUAUAUGUCAUGUUUGCUUUGCAAGUCAUGCUCUGAAUUGGAAAUCAAAGAUCUGUUGCCAUGCUUCUUACUAUCUGGCUUAUUGGUAAUAUAUAAUGAGUUCAGUGAAAGAGUUCAGGAACAAUAUGUGAAUUCUAAUAUGAAUUCCUAAUAUUUAGUUAAUAUUAUCUUUACCUUUUCUUUACCUUUAAUUUCUGCUAUAUUUAACAUUUUGUGUAAAUAUAUUAAAUAAUAUUUUUAUUUAUGUUUUGAUUUUUAGUCUGAAAUCUAUUUGCUGUGUUGCACAAUUCAGUUUCUAAUGAAAUAUAUCAAUGUUUGAACCAAUUUAAUUCUCUAGGAGAGGUUUGAUAAUAAAUAUGUUUAAUGUUAGAUAAUUUACAAAUACAGUUGCAGAAAAUUAUUUAUGCAUAAUAUAGUGGAAAUCAAAUAAAUAAUAUAGCUGUCAGUAAAUACAUAUACAGUGGAAUAUUAAAAUUUGUUAUAAAAGGAAUUUUAGGUCAUGAUGCAAGCUUAAGGAAUUUUAGGUCGUGAUGCAAGCUUUUUUUAUGGCAGUUUAAUGUUUGACAUUGAGUCAUGACGAUAUCACUUUUAAAGUUUGAAUUGAUUAUUAAUUAAGAGCAUGUCAAUAGCAAAUAUUUUAAUAAAAUUAAAAAUAUGUUUUAAAUUCAUAAAUUUCAUUUUUUGUCAGAAUCUUAAUUCUUAAGAAUUUAAGUAUAUAGUGUCUCAUUUAGUCUGUAUUUUGGCACUGUAUUUCUUGCAUGUAUUGAUAUAUAUAUAUAAAUACCAAAAUAAGUUGUAAUAAAUGUAUAUUGAAUACGAUAAUAAAUAAAUCAAAAUAUACUAAAUACUAUUAAUAACUGUAUAUCUCUUUUUUAAAUGAUUCCCUUUGGCAAAAUAGUUCAUGUUUAUUGUUAGUAUUUUUAAUAUUAACUAGCUAUGGCUAAAUGUUGGGUAUUUUAGAAUCAUAAUUCUAAAUAAAAAGUGUAGAGUUAAGAAGCCAACAUAAACAUUUAAUAUUGCAACAUUGGUGAAAAAGUCAUUGAAUGUAAGUAAAUAUUCAAAUAAAAGUCUAGAUUUGCAA